AAAAAACAAGAGCAUUACCGGCACCAAUCAAUCAGGCUGGCAGUGGAGUGACAGCGGCGGCAACACCACGCCCACGCGGCGCCGGAGCCGAUCCCCCGAUGGAUCUCCCGCCGCUCUCCCACCAGGCCCUCUUCGCCGCCGUCCGAUCCGCCGACGCGCCCGCCGUCCGCGCGGUCCUGGCCGACGCCGAGGCGUCGGCCACCUCCUUGGCCGCGCUCGCCGCCGCUCAGACGGACGCCGGGGAAACCGCGCUGUACGUUGCCGCGGAGGCCGGCAGCGAGGAGGUCGUGCGCCUCCUCCUCCCUCUCUACGACUUCGAGGCAGCCACCGUCCGCUCACGCCUUGACCUCGACGCCUUCCAUGUCGCCGCCAAGCAGGGCCACACCGGGGUUGUGAAAGAGUUCUUGGGGCGGUGGCCAGGGCUUUGCUCAGUCUGUGACUCUUCCAACACUAGUCCCCUCUACUCGGCUGCUGUCAAGGAUCACUUGGAUGUGGUAAAUGCUAUACUGGACACUGAUGAUAGCUGCAUAAAGAUUGUGCGGAAGAAUGGGAAAACAUCCCUACAUACUGCUGCAAGAAUUGGAUACCAUCGUAUUGUCAAAGCACUCAUAGAGAGAGAUCCAGGAAUCGUUCCGAUCAAUGAUAGGAAGGGACAAACUGCACUUCACAUGGCUGUGAAGGGCAAAAAUACAGAUGUAGUGGAAGAGUUAUUGAUGGCUGAUGUUUCCAUUCUCAAUGUGAGGGACAAGAAAGGAAAUACUGCUUUGCACAUAGCUACACGGAAAUGGAGGCCCCAGAAUAUCUCAAUGUGAAAAACAUGUCGUAUGUAAGCCAUGGUGGUUUCUUAGUGGAGCAGAGCAUCUAUUGGAAGAGCAACCAUAUAUCUAAGAACACACGACCAUCUUAUAAAGCACUAUAAAGACAUUAGUUGCUGCUGCUAUUAACUGUCUGCCACUAGUCUUACUAAGUCAUUGCAACGGCGCAGGAAUGUAUCUGGAUGCUAAUAUCUCGGUAUCACUAUUGUGGAAGUGUGGCUGACUUCUCAACACACUAUUCUAGCAGUCCAGCCCACCCCACAUAGGCCUUAAAGUAUUAUAUAAAUGAUGCUUGUGUGUUAAAGGAAGAUCAAAAAUAGCCAUCCAGAAACUCACAGAACGAUGGGGUGCUUUUCUAUUUUAUGGAGUAUUUACGAUUAGUGUUCUAACUUCUAAGUUACCUUACUCUCAAACUCCGAACAUAUGUUUAUAUUAUUUGUGGGAAUUGUUCAUACUUGAUUCCAAACAUGCUUUGCUCUGACUUGCCAACUUUAUUUUACCUUACUAGUCACUAUUGUUUUCAGAUGGUACAGCUUCUUCUUAGCUAUGAAUCACUUGAAGUUAAUGCUAUCAACAGUCAAAAUGAAACAGCUAUGGAUUUGGCUGACAAAGUUCCUUAUGGUGAGUCUAAAACGGAAAUAAUAGAGUGGCUGACAGAAGCUGGUGCAAAGAAUGCCAGAAAUGUUGGGAAAAUUGAUGAGGCAUCAGAACUGAGGAGAACUGUGAGCGAUAUCAAGCACAAUGUUCAGGCACAGCUUAGCGAGAAUGCUAAAACCAACAAACGAGUGACUGGGAUUCGCAAAGAGUUGCAGAAACUGCAUAGAGAAGCUAUCCAAAACACCAUCAAUUCAGUCACCUUGGUAGCGACCCUGAUUGCCUCCAUUGCCUUCGUCGCCAUAUUCAAUCUGCCAGGUCAAUACUUCCAGGAUGUGAAUAGUGGGGGAGACAUUGGUGAGGCUGAAAUAGCCAAGCUUACCGGUUUCCGUGUCUUCUGCCUUCUGAACGCUACUGCUCUCUUCAUCUCCCUCGCGGUGGUCGUGGUGCAGAUCACCUUGGUUGCCUGGGAAACUGGUGCCCAGAAGCAAGUUAUCAAGAUCGUGAAUAAGCUCAUGUGGACGGCAUGCCUUAGCACGGGUGUGGCUUUUAUCUCGCUGGCCUAUGUUGUAGUUGGCCCGCAGCAUGCCUGGAUGGCCUUCACGGCAUCAGCCAUCGGAGGGCCGAUCAUGAUUGGAACUUUCCUGUUCCUAGCCUAUCUUCUGUUGCGCCCACGGUUCAAGUUCGGCGAAGACAGACAGCGCCGCAUCAAGAGGGCAAGCGGCAGCAAAUCCUUCUCCUGGUCAAUCCAUGAUGGGUUUUCAGAUCUGGAAGCCUUCUCUGAUCAUGAGAAGAGGAUCUAUGCCCUGUAGGAGGGUGUAACAGUAACUACUCCCACAAGAGGCAACUGGGAGAGUACAAAUGGUUCAUGUAUAUAUUUGGUUUAGCCGUUUUAGCCUAGCCGCUGUUAGACCUUUCUCCCCAUGUACAAUAUCUAAUAAUGAAGAGCUGCAGCUAUUGUAAAGUGC